GCGCGGAACGGCGGAACGGGACCAUUUCAGUACGUCGCGGAAGAAUGCGUAGCCAUUGUUGGUGCUGCGAUCGUUGCUUCCCUUAGAUUCCGUUCAUCGUCAUGGGCCAGGACACCGUCGCGCUUACGUGCGUGAGAACGUCGUCGCGGUUCGGCGCCGGCCAUUGAUACACAUUAAUUUCGGGAGAACGCUCCGCCGCCGGAGGUUGGCCGCGGGUUCGGGAUUCGGGCCUCGCCGCGUCUCUUCUGUCCACCGCGGCCGCGCGUCACCGCGUUUCUCUCCUCCCGUAGUCGACGGGCGCUCGCGCCGAGUGAGAGUGAGUGAGUGAGUAGUAUAUUAACCCACGGUGGGGCGCGCACUAUACUCGCGCUCCUGGCCGCCAUAACACCAACCGCCGCGACCAACCAAACCAAAACCGAACGCGAGAGAGAGAGCGCUCUCGGCCCGAGGAGUCGGUUUUCCUCGAGGAGGACGGUGUUCGCGUUGGUGGUGGUGCGCUAUUCCUUAACAUUAUUCGCGGUGCUUAUUUUCCCCGUGGACUUCCGCAAGUCAGGUAAGCGAUCGCACACGGGGAUCUCUCCCUUCGUAAACGGGAAAAACGCUCUCCGAAAAACGGCGGCCCGUGAAGAGACGAGAAAGGGUGGGGAGUGGCGGCGUACAAAAUUCCGGGGCCGCGCGCGGACGGCAUUUUUUGGCGUGUGAGUGAGCGCGUGUGACGCGGAGGCUUUCCUCUUCCCGAAGCGAGAGCGCGGCCAUCGAGAGAGAACAGACCCGCCAUGUUGAGACCUACGCCGCCGAAUCGAGGUGUCCGAUGUUGCUAAUGUCGCGAGUCUUACCUGGAGGUACGGAGUCUCACAGCAGUAUACAGGGCUGACAUUCAAAGUACUACCAUUUGGUAGACUUGAGUAGUGUUAUGCCUCCUCGGCACCAAUCUUCCUCGUCGCAGCGCAAUCGUCUUGGCAAGCAAUUAAUGAGCUGCUAUGCUCAAUUAAGAAUAUAUACUUGCCAUCUCAAUUGUUGAUGAAGCCUCAUAGCGUCAAGCAUCAACGUAAGGCAGUUACCUGCUACGUAGCAUUUAUGUAUCAUAUAUGUCGGAAAGAAACGAAGUCAAGAUGCAGCAGGUGGACACUAUCUCGCAGAACAAUUCUUUAGAUGUGGAGGAGCGAGAAAGGCUGUGUAAUAUACCGAAGACGAGCACACCUGGUAAGGCUGCGGCGCCAGCGAGUCCUACGAAGGAACCGCCACCACGUGACGAACCACCUCUGGAACCGGUGAAUGGCAUAGUUCAACCGCCGGUUGUUCCACCACCGAAUCGUCCAGGGCGCAUCACGAAUCAGUUAUCAUUUCUACAAAAAGGCGUCUUAAAACCAGUAUGGAAGCAUCAGUUUGCGUGGCCCUUCCAGCAACCCGUAGAUGCAAAGAAACUCAAUUUACCAGAUUAUCACAAAAUCAUCAAAAAACCAAUGGAUUUGGGCACAAUCAAAAAGAGGUUGGAGAAUUCAUAUUAUUGGAGUGGGAGAGAAUGUAUUCAGGAUUUCAAUACUAUGUUCACCAAUUGCUAUGUCUACAACAAGCCAGGAGAGGAUGUUGUGGUCAUGGCACAAGCUCUCGAAAAGCUGUUUCUUACGAAGGUGGCACAAAUGCCGAAAGAAGAAAUGGAAUUGGACCCACCAGUUCCAAAGGGACCCAAAGGCAAGAAAGCAGGAAGAGUCGGUGGACCAGGAGUAGGUGGACUAGCAGGAGGCACAGGAGCAGGUAGAGGCAGACCAGCUUCUGGUGCAGCCGCUGUUACUUCCAGUGUGCCGAAUAAUUUAACACCUUCUGCUACGUCGGCUGGGACAACCGGCGUUAUACCUAUGCCGCCCCUCGGUACUCAGGCACCGGCUUCAGUACCUGGAAGCACAAAUACAACCACCAUCGCCCCACCAUCGAGUAUGGGCGUCGCGCCGAUAGCUACACACAAUUCUCUGCCUCAGCAAGUUGUCCCUCCGACAACGGGUUAUCACGCGCAGCCAGCGAUGGAUCCUCAAGCACCAUCUGCUGUACCUCCACCUCCGCAAGUCCCUACAACGCCUACUGUAAUGCCUCCGUCGCAACCUGCGAAGGUUAAAAAAGGAGUGAAAAGAAAAGCUGAUACUACAACUCCCACCGCCAAUGCUUAUGAUCCAAUGUAUGCACCUCUGGAUUCUAAGAAUGCUAAAAUACCCACGAGAAGAGAAUCUGGCCGACAAAUUAAGAAGCCAACGAGGCAAGCGGAAGACGGCUUAGUGCCAUACCAUCAGGCCAAUAUGCCUUUAAUGGGGGCAAUGGCCCAACAGCCUCCGCAUACUGGUGUUAAGGGGAAAGAGAAAUUGUCUGAAGCACUGAAGUCUUGCAAUGACAUUUUGAAGGAACUCUUUGCCAAAAAGCAUUCGCCGUAUGCUUGGCCAUUCUACAAACCUGUUGAUGCAGAACUUCUAGGACUUCAUGAUUAUCAUGAAAUUAUCAAGAAACCUAUGGAUCUUGGUACUGUAAAGACUAAAAUGGAUAAUCGUCAAUAUAAAACAGCACACGAAUUUGCGAGUGAUGUACGACUUAUAUUUACUAAUUGUUAUAAAUAUAAUCCUCCCGAUCAUGACGUUGUUUCAAUGGCACGAAAACUGCAAGAUAUAUUUGAAAUGAGAUACGCGAAAGUUCCGGAUGAGCCGAUGGGCAGUAGUAUAGUGGCUAUAAAAGGAAGUAGCAGUGGCAGUGCUACUAGUUCCGGAGGAGAGAGUUCUUCUGAAAGCGACGAUUCGGUCGAGGAACGCACUCAGAAAUUACUCGCUUUGCAGCAAGAGCUAAAAGCUAUGCAAGAGCAAAUGCGAAAAUUAGUGGAAGAGAGCGGCAAGAAGAAAAAUAAGAAGAAGAAACCGGAAAAGCCAAAAUCAAAGCCCAUGAGCAAUAAGAACAGUAGCCUUGUUGCCAGUCAUACCGGUGCCAUGAAGGAACUAAUGAAACCUAGUGGUAUUCCUAGCGUGUCUGACAGUGUUGGUGCUAGUAUAGCCAGUGUUGCGAUGGGCGCAGGCGAUUUGAAGAUGCCUGGUGGUAUGGGCAGUGAUCUCCAUCAUCAAGCUACAGCAGUAGGACCUAAUAAGGCUCAUGCUGCGGGUAGUUUAGGACAUCAUUUGCCCACAGCAGCUAACGCUAAACCGAAAGGGAAAGGUCGCGGACCUGGAAAAGCUGCCACCACCGCGAAUACCGCAACCAAAAGGCCGAAAGCUAACAGCAGAUCGGCUGGAAAUAAGAAAAAGAAUACUGGCAGCCAACCACCUCCAAUAACGUUCGAUUCAGAGGAUGAAGACAACGCUAAACCCAUGUCCUAUGAUGAAAAGAGACAACUCAGCUUGGACAUUAAUAAACUACCGGGUGAUAAAUUAGGCCGUGUUGUACACAUAAUACAAUCUCGAGAGCCUUCACUGAGGGAUUCCAAUCCAGAUGAAAUCGAAAUCGAUUUCGAGACUUUGAAGCCAUCUACUCUCAGAGAACUAGAGAGCUAUGUUGCAUCAUGUCUUAGAAAGAAACCACAUAAAAAAGUCAGUGGUAAAUCUAAAGACGAACAGAUGGCUGAAAAGAAGCAAGAACUGGAGAAGAGGUUGCAGGAUGUGACAGGGCAAUUGGGCAAUGUCAAAAAGGCUACGAAGAAAGAGGACAGUAGUAAGUCUGUUGACGUAGUCGGAACUGGUGGUGCCAGUGGACCUUCGCGAUUAUCGGCGUCGAGCAGUAGUAGCAGUGAUAGCGAUUCCAGCAGCAGUUCACUCUCUACGAGCUCGAGUGAUUCAAGCGACAGUGAAGCAGGCAAUUCGUCGAAUCGUCCACAUAAAAAGAAAGCGAAGAAAAAUCCACCAGGACCUUCGACGACAAGCUCCACCGUAGCAACGGCGACUACAUUAAAUCAUAGUGGGGCUCUUUUAAUUAACAACCAGCCCUCGGUUACCUCAGCGGGACCAAUAAAGCCACCUGCAACCCAAUCAAGCAAUAUUCCCUCAGAGCAAGGCGGCAAUAAUCAGCCGAUCGCAGUGGCAGCUGUUACAGCUGGGCAAGGCAUUCCUGUUGCAAGUCAUCCAUCUAUGCCGGCUCAACCAUCGCGACCUACAGCUAUGGCUCAAGCUGCUCCCGUAAAGAAACCAACUCCGCCGCCACCGACAUCUAAUCCACCGACCCCGUCAGUUUCUGUGCCGACUCCACCGCCUAGCGUAACACCUACAAAUGCGAACUCUAUGACAGCCUCGCCAGUCGUAUCUCAACCUCAGCAACCACCGACGUCCAUCAGUUCCUUUCCAAAUGCAAAUACACCGGUGUCCACAGAUGGGACAAAUUUAAAUCAACAGUCUGAUCUUUUACAGCCGUACAAUACUCUUUCAGCUUCAGUACCCACCACACAAUCCUCUCUGGAGCAGACGCUCGCGAUCAAGAAGGAUCCUCCAUUUAUACAAACACAGCAGCCUUCUUUGGAUCAAACACUUGCGAUCAAGAAGGAUCCUUCGUUCAUCCAGACAUCUCACUCGACCAAUAAUACCAAUACGAAUACGAAUUUAAAUUUAAUACCGGAUGUAAAACCAGUGAAUAUGAUGCCGACGAGUAUGGCUUCUAAUUUGAACUUGGGCAAUAUCAAUAUGGCGAGUUUGAAUAUGAAUCUGUCCCAAGGACUGGCAGCGCACAUGAGCAUUGGACAUCAAUUGGAGAAUAUGAUUAACACCGCCGCGCCAUUGUCAAAUAUUCAGAACUCCCAUAACAUUACGAUGUCGCAACAACACGCCAAUGGUUUUCCAAAUACAAAGCGUGGAAAUUCGCCGCCCAAUAUGCUGAAUAACAACGGUAUUCCGGGAUUGAACAUAGGAAUGAAUAUGGGAGGCAUAAGUUCGAUAUUCGAUCCUGUUCCUAUAGUAUCUAUGCCAAUGCAGAUUUCCCAGAUUUCUAUAAAGAAGGACGAGAAACCUUUGCCAAUCUCUCAACCUCAACUGACGCAAAAACCUUUGGAUGAAAUGACUCUAACAAUGCCACCAAUGGGCAAUCACGCUAGUUCCCAGAUGAUGCCCGAAAAGAAAAUGACUCCACCCGAUUCAAAGAAUCCGGCUGCAAAUUUUGCUUCAGCCUUCAAAAAUAAGACGGUGGAGCAGAAUGUCAAGAAUGCAUCCUCGUGGUCUUCUCUGGCGCAGGCAUCCAGUCCUCAAUCUGCGGCAGGGAGCAGUAUGAAGAGCACGACCCGAGAUUCAUUCCAGGCAUUCAAAAAUAAGGCUAAGGAAAAAAACGAAAGACAAAGGGCCCUUAUGGAACAGCAAGAAAUGCGUAGACAACAAAAGGAACAAGCGGAGCGAGAAAGAAUGCUGCGGCAGGAAAACGAAAGAAGAAGGGAACGAGAGGAAGAAGAUGCCCUGGACAAAGUUCGAAAAACUGUCGCAGAUCAGCAAGGAAACGUUAUGACUGCCACAACAAGAGCAGAAGAGGUGAAAGCCAUUGCCGAUACGGAUAGUAGUAGUCCGAGUCAUUCGUCCAGUCAGGAUAAAUCCGCUGCCGAAAGAGAACGUCAGAGGCUGCGGGAGCAAGAACGUCGACGACGAGAAGCGAUGGCUGGCCAGAUUGACAUGAACAUGCAAAGUGAUUUGAUGGCUGCGUUUGAGGAAUCUUUAUAAUGUUACUAUGCGAUGUUUAUGAUAAACGCACUAAAACUUGAACAGAAUAUGGACAUAUACUAUUUGACAUUUUCUAUAAUUAUAGGAAAAUGUGACGUUAAUUAAGAAGCAUAGUAAUGCUAAUUAUGAACUUAAAUGAAUGACGUUUGAUGACAGACAUUUUUGUGCUAUUACCAGUGGUGGUGCAGUUGGGACAUUCCAACAGAAAAAAAACCCCUCUUGAUUGACCUCUUGAUUGUCUGAAGACUCAAAGAAUAGAAUGAACAGUUUCAUUAGGAUAAACUAUGACAAAUUGUGUUUGUCAUUAAAUCGAUGAACAUACAUACAUACAUUCACACAUUGAAGCGUGUGACGAUGUAAUUAGAUAAAAUACUUAUAUAAUACUUCGAAAAUGCUACACUAGAUAUUGUGUUACAUUUUUCCGGUUUUCAUAAGUUUGUACUUUAUGUAAAUUUGAAAACAAAACAGGAUAUAUAUUAUGUGAAUAAGAGGUUUGCAUGUGCAUUGAAUGUAUGAAAUUAGAUUGAAUGUCGACGCAGGACAAAGAGUUGUACAUUUAGUUAAGUUUUAUAUUUUUCCACGUUGAGUCAUUAAUCGUUGGUAGGAUUAUUAUAGUACAGCUUGUUGCCAAUAAAAUAUGUAUGCAAUUGAUUAAUCAAAGUCAAUGUAUUAUACGUUAAUAAAUGUAUAAUAUCUUGAUUGAUUCAGAAGUCAUAAUAUUGCGAAUCAACUGGUCAAAUUCAAAGCUACCCACCCAUUAAUUCAUUUUAGAACAACAUUGUCAAUUAUUACAAAUAAUAAGAUAAUUCUAGAUUUGAAGUAAUUUCGAUCCUACCAACCAGUAAAUCAGGUUUAAAUAUCUAAUCUUUAAUAUAUUUUAAGUAAAAAUGAUAUCGCGAUGUCGAUAUCAAAUUGUGAAUAAUAAAUUUUGUUAGAAAAGAAAUGUAUUUAUUCGAUCAAUAGUAUACAAAUGUCUCAAUUUAAAAAUUUGUUAAAUUGUAAAUAAAAAAUUGAAGAAGUA